AUGGCGAAAGACAAGAAGAAAGGGAAAUCAGAUGGCAAAGCUGCCGCUAAAGCAGAGAAGAAAGCCAAGCAAGAAAAGAAGUCUGAAAAGAAGGAGAAAGUAAAAGCAUCCAAGUCGGCUGAUUCAGAUGCCGAAGAUAUUGAUUUGGACGCUGUCCUUGCAGAAUAUGCGAAGAAACAAGAACAAUUUCUCAAAGUCACCGAGGUUACUUGCGAAGCCCCAAAGGCGCGAGCUAGUUCUACGUUAAUUGCAUCGCCUGCGAACGACAAUGAGCUGUUCUUGUUUGGAGGGGAGUAUUUCAAUGGAGCUUUAGCCACUUUCUUCAAUGACCUCUAUGUUUAUAUGAUCAACAAGGAUGAGUGGAGAUUAAUCACUUCCCCUAACAGUCCGCUCCCUAGAAGCGGACAUGCUUGGUGCAGGGGCGGCAAUGCGGGUGGAAUAUAUCUCUUUGGUGGAGAGUUUAGUUCUCCUAAACAGGGGACUUUCUACCAUUACAACGAUUUCUGGAGACUGGAGCCAUCAAGCAGAGAAUGGACCCGUAUAGAGACUAAAGGCAAAACACCUCCAGCUCGAUCAGGUCAUCGAAUGACUUAUUUCAAAAAUUACAUCAUUCUAUUUGGUGGAUUUCAAGAUACUUCUCAGCAAACAAAGUACCUCGCUGAUAUUUGGGUAUAUGAUACCCAAAACUUCAUAUGGCACAAUCCGACCCUACCUCUUGCCACGCAAAAGCCAGACGCAAGAUCUUCCUUCACAUUCUUACCUCACGAGUCUGGAGCUGUCCUUUAUGGCGGGUACUCACGAGUCAAAGCUACAGUAACAGGAAAGCAGAUGAAGGGCGGAGGUCAAGCUCAGCGAAAUGUCCUCAAGCCAAUGGUUCAUCAAGACUGUUUCUACCUAAAGAUCGUUCAACCUGCUUCCGACGCGGCACCGAACACUCCUCCAACGAUACGUUGGGAAAGGCGUAAGCGAGCUGCAAACGCGCCCAAUCCAGCGAGAGCUGGAGCCACCAUGGCCUACCAUAAAGGGCGUGGUAUUCAAUUUGGUGGAGUGCAUGAUGUAGAAGAGAGUGAAGAAGGAAUCGACUCCGAGUUCUUCAACACACUUUACACCUGGAAUAUAGAAAGGAAUCGAUACUUCCCACUUGCUCUUCGCAAAGCUCGCGCUAACCAAAAGAAAGCUGACAAUGUGCGUAGUGGACGGAGAGGAAGAGGUCAAGCUAAUGAGGAUGAACUUCUGCGAAACUUGGCUGCUUUGCAAACUGGCAAAAGUCUAGCAGAUGCGGACGACAUGGACAUCGAUCGACCAAGAGAGGAGUUUGAUGAACCUGAUCUUCCAGCCAAGGAAGUCCUCAUGGAAUUUCCACAUCCUCGCUUUAACGCUCAACUCACUGUCCAAGAUGAUGUUCUCUAUAUUUAUGGAGGAACCUUCGAAAAGGGUGAUAGAGAAUACACUUUUGACGAGAUGUACGCCAUUGACCUCGGCAAACUCGAUGGAGUAAAACAAAUCUUCCGUCGCGAGCCUGAGAACUGGCUCGGGUCGGAGGAUGGCUCAGACGAUGAGGACGACGAUGAUGAGUACGACACCGAAGAUGACGAAGACGAAGAAGGUGACGUUGCAAUGUCUGACGCUAAACCUCUCUUCACCGAAUCCAAACGGAAAUCAAAGCAGCAAGCAUCAACCGCCGAUGUUUCCGACCUCGCCAGUCCGAUUUCAAGUACCUUUGAUGAUACACCCGAAGAGGUCGCUGAGGGUAAAGAAGCUGAUAAUCUACCAUAUCCACGACCAUUUGAGAGCCGCAGGGAAUUCUUUGUUAGGACUACAAAUGAGUGGCAAGAGCUUCUUAUGCAGGCGCUUAGGUGGAAGGGUAUUCAGCCGGAGGGGUUGAGCGUGAAGGAGAUUAAGACUAAGGCUUUUGAGAUGAGUGAAGAGAGAUGGUGGGAUUGUAGGGAGGAGAUUACGGCACUGGAGGAUGAGCAAGAAGCAGCUGGUAUCGGAGAAGUUGUCAGAUUGGAGGAUAGAGAAGGUGGUGGUGCUGGAGGCGGUGCUGGAAGGAGAAGGUAG